CACCCCUCUUAUAUUCUGAAAUCCAAAAUCCAGGACAAUUAUUCCCUGAAGACUUUUUUUUUAUCUUGAUCUAAGUGUUUCCUACCAAAAGAAUGAAAGUCUUAACUGCCAAUUUUAUCACAUGCGCAAUAAAAGACUGCAAGGCCUCUCCAAAAUCCUUUCCUCUCCACUUCCAAAAUGCUGAAUUAGAGCUCCAAGAGCUAGAAUUUCAGCCGGAUUUCUUGCGCCAUAUUCUGCCACGGAUAGACUGGGAUAGCCUCCGAGUCACCGCCAAUGAAUUAGGGUUCCCUAGCAUCCCAGAGACUAAACCAGAGGGCGAAGAACUCAACAAUGAAGAAUUAUUAAGAAAUUUACACCAGUUAUUACUUGAAACACAAGUGAUGGAGGGAAAAUUAGUAUGCGAUAACUGUGGGCAUGAGUAUAUGAUCAAAGAAGGCAUCGCAAAUUUUCUUCUCCCCAGUCAUCUGGUUUAAGUUUGUGUUGUAUACAACCCAAAAAAAUAAUAAUCACAACCUAUUUUUGAUAGGAUCUAGUGUUUCUCCUUGGUCAUUAAAACCAUCACAGACAGUGUUGCCAUAAUCAUAAUGCUGCAAUUCCCAAGACUCAUGCAAUUCAUUUGUGACAUUACAGUCGUAGCUUCUUUAUUAUACAAU